GCAUAAUAUGAUCAUAUGUUAAUAUAUUUGAAGUAUUUUAUGAAUAAAUGUGAUUCACAUUAUAUCUUUUUUGUAUUACUGUAGCAUAGAUUUCAGCAACUAAAUUCAAACAAGCAUCCCUUUGCCAUUCUACAGUGCCAUGCAAAAAUAACAGUCCAUCAUUUCCCAUGGCAUAUGUGUUUGUUGUGUUAUUGAACAAAAAUCCUUAGGCCACUUCCAUGGAGAAAUUUCGAGCAUGCAUUGAUAUACGAGAAGGUAGCAGGAACGCAAAUCAUAGAUAAAUUCCAAACGUUUUCCCUACAAUUUGGUACCAUGUUGCUCUUUCCAUUUAUAUUGUUGGUAUCCAAUUUACUUCUCAUAAGAAUGGUACAGGCUCAAAGGCACUACUGCCUAUCUGAAGAUCUAAACCCAAACAUGCUCUUUGGGUCUAACACAAUAUAUGAGACAACACGAGGAAAAGUUGAACAUAAUCUCUUGCCAGUUUUACAGAGUGUGAAGUAAAGGCGAUUUGGACAUUAGUACGGGUCGGUUCACAUUACCCAAGAAAAUCUGAUUUUAAGAUGUGGGAGAAAAUGAAUGAAAUGAAAGACGUGAUUCUCAGCAAUCAUAGAACUAAAGCUAGAGGUUCACUAUGCCCCAGAGAUCUUGAUGCACUUGAAAGUUGGUAUCCAGUAUUGGAUAUCACAAAUGAAAAUAUGUUGAACAAGGUUGGAAUGUCAGAGACAACAGAGAUUGGCAAAGAUUUGGUGAAAAUGUACCCAAAAGUGUUUAAAAAUAUGAGUGUCCCUGCUACAGUAAUGUAUGCAUAUAGCAGCCAAAACCCAGCAAAACAAACUGCUCAGGUUUUUCUUGAUGGGAUGAGGCUUGCAGGGUCAACAGCGAGGGUUAUAAAUCUUGGAGAGUUUUCCGCACUUUCUGUAGAUCAAUCGUGCCCAAAAUACAAAGAUUUCUUAACAUCUCCUGAGAACCUAAAAGAAUCACGGAUGUACAAAGCUCAAAUGGAGAUAAAAGAGAUGCUGAAAGAAGUCAGCCAUCGCCUUGGCUACUCCUACGAUCUCAAUUUUGAUGUUGUCUUCCAAAUGUAUAAACUUUGCAGUUUUGAAACAGGCGCAUAUCUUGGCAAGAUUUCACCGUGGUGUGCAGUAUUUGAAAAACGCCAUUUCAAGAUAUUUCAAAAUGACGAAGAUAUAAACAGCUAUUACACUAUGGGUUUUGGCAGUACGUAUGCACCAAGACUUGGUUGUCCAGCGAUAAAAAACUUAUUCCAAAUAUUGGGGGAAAUAACAAAGCAUACACCCGACGACCCACAAGUGACAGUAUUGUUCGCACAUAGUAAUACUUUACGGUUUGUCCUGACUGCACUGGGUAUCGCUUGGGACUCGACAAUUUUAACUGCAAGGAAUGUUGACGUUCGAGAAGACCGAAUGUGGAAUUCAUCUUUGAUGGUGCCAUUUUCAGCUAAUCUCCAAGUCGUUUUGCACAAGUGCCAGAAUUACAAGGUGACUUUCAUUCUCAACAAUUACAAAGUCCUAUACUCAACUUGCAACUCGACAAAAUGUGAUUGGGAUGUUCUACGAGAUGAAUAUGAAGACAUCAUUGACCCUUUGUCAUGUAAUUUUGACUUUUGUUCUCAUCAGCUUAACAGUAUUGGUCACAACACGCAUGUCCAUUUCUUUGUGACUUUACUCGUAAUGUUUAAAAUAAUUUGGUGACAACACAUAAUAAAAUAUCAAAUUUUAUCACGA